GCCGCCCCCGCCCCCCUCAGACGGCCCGUGCCCCGGAGAGCUGCGGCCCGGCUCGGCCGCUGGGUACGAGAUGGCCGUCGGUGGGAGCCGCGGGCUGCUGCGGCUGUGGCUGCUCGCGGCGGCGGGGCUGGCGGCGGGCAGGGCUCCCAGCUGCCACGAAGUGCGGACGGCGUUCCAGCUGCGGCAGAUCGGGGCCCUCAAGCUGGUCCCCGAGGUGCCCAUGGCCGAGUCAGAUUUACAGAUCUGUCAAGAUAGAGUGCCAACAUGUUGCACCAAAAGAAUGGAAGAAAGCUACCAGGCAGCUGUUCGAAGAGAGAGGACGCAGAGUAUCCAGGUGCUGAAUUUUGAACUGAAGUACAUGAUUGUUGGCCACACUACAGCUUUUCAAGAGGCCUUUGAGUCCUUCCUGCGCUUAGCUGAAAACCGUACAAGAUCCCUAUUUGAGACAGCUUACAGACCUAUGGCAAAAGAAGCAGCAGAGCCUGUUAAAGAACUUUUUACAGACAUCUCCCUCUACAUCUUGGGUGAAGAGACUACGGUGGAAAAUGCAGUAUUACGUUUUUUUGACAGUCUCUUUCCUCUGGUGUAUAGUCGGCUAAUAAAUCCAGGAAUUAAUGAUUUAUCAGAGGACUAUACAGAGUGUCUGCGGCUUACAAGGCAAGACAUAAAUCCUUUUGGACGCUAUUCUAAAAACAUGGUUACAGAGCUGUCAAAAUCUCUUUGGGCAAGUAGGAUGCUCAGCCAGGCCCUCAGUCUGGGCACUGAAGUGAUAAAUACUACUGAACAUGCUGCUCUCACCAAGGAGUGCAGCAGAGCUCUAGUGAGGAUGCAGUACUGCCCACAUUGCCAGGGUCUGACGCUAAUCAGACCCUGUGUUGGAUACUGUCUGAACGUGAUGAGGGGCUGUUUGGCCAGCGUGUCAGAACUGGAUAUGCAGUGGAGGGAGUAUAUCUCCAUGCUGGAAUAUCUGACUAAUGAAAUGGCGGCCUCGCAUGAUAUGGAAAUCACACUGACAGGAAUCUGGAACUCCAUCAACGAAGCCAUCCUGCAUGCACAGUUAAAUGGACCACAGCUUUCUGCUACAGUUGAUAAAGUGUGUGGACAACCCAAACAACAAGAAGGGAACCUGUCAUCAGGCCAUAUAGUGCCCUUGAAGGAAGCAACUGAAGCCCAGACACUUGUUUUGGCUCACACUAGUCUGAACAAUAAAAGAAGAGAAUUCAUCAAUUAUAUGAAGCAAUCCCGAACCUUUUAUGCCUCUCUAGCAGAAAGGCUAUGUGAUGGAGACCUGGUGAUGAGAGACAGCUCAACCUGCUGGAAUGGAGAAGAUGUUGUAGAGAGUUAUACCAGCAGAGUUGUUUCCAGUGGACUGAAAGCACAAAUUAAUAAUCCAGAACUGAAGGUCAGAGGACUGGACCCACUCAUCAGCAAUUUAAUUCAUAAACUUCAGAACUUUAAUCAACUGAAUGCUGAGAAGGCAAAAUUAAAACUGGAAAGAUGGGCUUCCCGAGAUGCUGGCAGUGGGGGAGGAAAAAGUGAAGAGCUGGAGUCAAGCGGGGACUGUGAUGAUGAGGAUGGCUGCCAAGGAUCUGGCGACAGGAUUCACACAGCAGAUAUUCUCAAGGACAAGAAAACCCGUCCAGAAAACAGAAAUGAACCAAAACCAACUGUGAAAAAGUUUGUCACCACAACCACGACAAGCACUGUCAAGUCAUCCUCUAAACACAGUGUAACUGGAAAUGGGAGCAGUGCAGCCCUGAGUUCCUCACUUGUUAUUUUAACAGCACUGGCAGUUCUGUGGCCUUGUUGGCUGUAGCUGCAAGCUAUUGCAGCCACUGCACAAGCCUUUCUGUUCACUAUCAUGUAUACCUGCAGCCUUACCCAGAGAAAACAAAGUUAAAUAGUUAUCUAUUUUACUUGAUAUGUUAGAAUAAAUAUUAAACAAUGUGCUGGAGUUGGGAGAUAGGAAGUGUCCUCACUUGGGGUGAAGAUAGCUUUCGACAAAGCCCAACCAGGAUGCAGAGGAAAUGAUGACAGAAGUCCAAGUAGCUUAAGUUAUGGGACAGAAAUAAUUGAGAACACAAGAACUGUGUGUGUGUGUUAUGUUUUUCUCAGUUUUGUUCACUGGAAUCAGAUUGGCUGUUUUUUAAAAAAAAAUUUCGGAUAAAUUUAAUGAAUGAUCAGUCUUCAAAUUUAAGCCAAUACAUACAUUAUUUCUCCAGCGAGCAGCUAAUAAGCUAUGUCUACAGUUGUAAAACAUGUUAAAGAAGUGAAGUACAUUGACCAACUUGAUGGAAUUCCUAAGUGGUCAAGAAGAUCAAAGCAUAUUUGAAACUUCUUAUAACUGCUACUGUUUAGAUUGUAGGAAGCAACACAAAAGCAUAUGGUGUGUUUAAUGUAUCCCUAUAGUUGCCUUAACAAUUGCAAAAAUUAGAAACACUUUGUUUACUGACAGCAAUGUAGAUAGUGAGUUUCCUUGCUCCACAAAAUGGCAUCACCAAAUGCUCGAACAUAUGCUCAAGGCUUAUGGGAUGAAUGUCCAGCAAUGGAAAAUACAAGCAUAAUAAUAUUCUCCAGUUGAAUGCAGUUCUGUACAGCGGAAAAAAAAAUCAUUCAGUCCAAAUUCACUUUGCCUAUGUGUUGUUAAAGAGAAAAUAACGUAAAUUUUCCAUAAAGGACCGAGAGGUGUAAGUUAAUGGGAACUCUUUAUUAUACACAACCAAGAUUUGGGGCAUUGUGGAUCUCUGAAAUCAACUGUUUCAUAAACUUUGUAUUAUUUAAUUACAUGUAAUAUUUUAAACUUUCUAUCACUAUAGGUGUAAAUGUAAAACAGUCAAAUCUAGAAUAUUCUCUUUUAUAUCUCAUCUUGAUUUCUACCCUAGACAGUGUCAAAAUGUGCAUUAUAUUGCAAGGCUUCUUUUUUUUAAUCAAUCAUAUCUUGAUAUAUUUUAACUUUUCAGAUGAGAAGUACUAAACUUCUAAUGGGUUAAGUGUCAAUGUGUGUUUUCCAACAGCUAUGUUUAUAGUACCAUUGAUAUAUAUAUACAAAAACAACUGUAUGAAUACAGUGAUUAAUGAUAAAUACGUGCAACAUUAGAAUUGUUAUACUUGCUGCAUUUCAUAGUAAUUACAACAACUUAAUGGCCGUUUUCAUGCUGUAGACUGUUAUUGUGUACAGUUUUAUGAGAUUGAAUGUAAAACAUUUACCUUUGCUUUUUGUAAUGCUUAGAGUUACACAGCCAUUGAUAUCAUUCAGAAGAAGAACCCUAUAACUUACUAAUCAGCUUCAGGCAUUUUAUUGAAAACUUUGAUUAUGAAAGACAUCCUGAUUUAAAGAAGGUGCCUUGUGCCAGUAUUACUGAGUGCCAUUGUAAAUAGAGUGGCAAUAAUACAAGACAAGUAUACAAUAACCGGACAAAGACUCACUGUGCUUGCAUCUUUUCAGAUAGCAUUAGUGAACAUGUCUAAUAAUAUUUGCAGAAGUGAGACUAUUUUUUUUUUUAAUUGGGCUGUAAAUUUACAUUUACAGAUGUAAAAGUGUAAUCAGAACCAUCAACACACCCAGCUGUGAAGGAGUUGGAUCUAAAGUGAAAACAACCAAGAUUUCUAAAAGUAUUAAAUUUUAACAUUGAAACAAGGAGAUGAAAUAGAAUAAGAUUCAUGUGCUAACAUGAAAUAUUUUGUAUUUUGUGUUCCAAUUUAAAUAUGGUAGGGUAAUUAAUAUCACUAAGUAGGGCUUUCGAAAUCGUAUCAGUGAAAAUCAGGUUACCCAAAUUUACAAAAAUCUGUCUGGUACUUUCCAAAGUUUGUGAGCUGUGCCAGCCUGUUCAACCAUAAUUACAAAUGCCAUGUUUUGCAUUCAUUUUCACUGCCCUUGGGAAAGUGCACUUUUACCUGAGGAGAUGUACUGUAAAAGAACACCAUUCCUCCUUGCACCCUUAAAGAAUUGGUUGUGACUGGUACCAUUAAACAGUCUGGUCUCUGUGUACACAUGGUAAUGUGCUUUUAGUGCACACGUGCAUUACCAGCUCCUUCGGUAAUACUGAUCACUGUGGCUUCACUGAAGCAAUUUAACAUUUUUCAUGCUUAUGAACAUGGCACUUUCUCACAUUUGAGAUCCUGAGUCAUCAUUCAGGCACACAUGCUGGCAUUUGCACCCUUAAGUCUCCAUCAGUAUUCCUGUGGAUAGGGAUAGGGUUUCAGGGUUAGGCUCUAAAGUUACUGCAUUCCAGCAAGGCAGGUUGGCCAUUUCUCACUUGGAGAGCGGGGACUUGAAUACCUGGAACAUACAUGUCUUCCUGGUUGUCCAGCAUUGUUGAGGUCUUUCUGUCCUGUGAAAGGGAUUGUGCUUUUAGGGCAGACCAGUGAUCCAGAUAUCCUAGUAUUGAGCUGUAGCAGGGCAAGCCGCAUCUGUGGAAUAACUCACCCAGGGGAUUUUUAUUCUUGAUAAAUCUCAUGACCUUGCUAAACAAAAACCUCUGAAAAAUUAAGUAUUUGAAUUUUGGUUUUGGUUAGCAAGUUUUUGUAUGAGGUAGCAUUGAUUCUAUGAUUAUAUGAUUCUGUGAUCUCCUGUGUUCCUGUGAUGAAACUACAAGUUCAAAUGGCGGGGUAAGGUAGGUCCAUCAAUUCAUUUUGUUGGAGUCAAUCAAUAUUUUAAUAGGCACAGGACAGGGGAAGAGACUGCAGAGGGUCCAGCCACUCCCAGUGCAUUUCACAGUGAUGUAUUUUCAUGCUGUAAGAAGAGUACUGAUCAUGAAAUAUGUUCAUAAUGUGCAUCAGAAGUGGUGCAGCUUUUAAGAGGAAUGCAGAAUAUUUUUACUGAUACUUUAUGAUUUAUUUUUUUUCCUCAGGAUCAGUUGCAUAUGCAUAUAAAAUGCAAUUAAAAUAUUUCUAUCAAACAAAAAAACUAUACUAGCAAAGGCAAGACCAACUGGCUGCGUCAGAGAGGAAGUGUUCCUUUUUGGAUGAAUAAAAUGAAAUAAAUCUUAUUUUGAUAUCAGGGCCGUAUGUAAUUCUCAGUAAUUACAAAUGUCUAAACUGAAAAUACGUUUGAACUUGUCUAUGUAAUAUCAAUGUAAAAUAACACACCAGUCUAAGACCACUGAUGUAGCUUCACCUAACAGUUAUGAAUUGUAUGUAGCCACUGCUUUUUUGAUGUUUAUUGUUUAGCUAUGCCUUUCUUUUAAUAUUUUGCCAGUGUUGGAAAGUAACUGCUGUCAUUCAUUUCAGUAGAAUCGAUCUCUAUUUUUCUCUUGAUACUGGUGUAUACUUCUUACCAAAUAAGGUUGAAUUGCCGUGGACAUGCAGUCACUCCUCAGUGUUUGACUGCUAUUUAGGCAACAUGUUACAUCAGGUUCAUGUGAAAGUUUCAAGAAGUUCCUGCUCUCCUUCAUGGCUAUGGAUGCAUCAGGGAGAAAAGCCAACCUGGACAGACAUAAGCAUGUGUGGCUGCAGUGUGCCAGUGCAUGACAACGUCCACCUGUCUUUUCUGAGGCUCUGAGCCAAGCGUUCCCCUCUAGUUUUCAAGUAGCUUUUACACCUCUCUAAGUUAGAGCGUGGAGACUGGCCAGGCAAAGAGCAGCUGGAGAAUCUGUAGACAGCAUUUUAAGGCAACUUCACAGACACCUCCCUGCUGUAAACUGCUCCUUUGCAGUUUACAUGCUCUCUGAAAAUUGGUAGCUCAUUUUCAACCUUGCAUUUUUUUCUGGCUUGCCUGUUGCAGGUGGUCCCUGUCCAGGAGUGGAUCAGAUACUUGGUCAUUAUGUGAAGAACUGUGAUUCUGUUCUCUUACUCAGUAAUGGACCUUCUGAGGUACAGAUGUCUGUCAGAGCCUGGUAGAGCAAGACAGAUAACAAUGUCCGGCUGCAUUUACUUCAGAGGCUCUGUGUAUGGGUAUCUGGCUAUGAGAUUCACAUCUCUUUGAUCUCUUAAGUCAGAUGUCUAUUUAAUACAUUCCUAUUUCCUUUUCUUACUAGGAUUGUGCCAUGUAUGUUUAUUUUUCAGCUUGAAUCUCCAAUGCUAUAAUAUUGUCCUAAUAAUGUCUUAAUAUGUCCCUAUAAUGUCUUAAUAUUGUCCUAAUAGGUGCUGUGUGCAGUCUUCUUUUUAAUUAGAUGAGCCUUUUUGCCCAAAUUUACUGAGCCGUUCUUAUUCAGUACUGCACACAGUUAGUUUUAAGCAAGACCUGUUCAAGUGAAAGAAGCUGAAGCACAUUAAAGUGAGAUACUGAGUAGGAAACAAAUCCAGAAAGUCCUUGUGUUGCUGAAUGGGCCUCUUCACAUUAAACAGAUUAUAAUAGCUAAAAUUAGAGUCAAGACUUCAUAACUGCCAUGUUCAAGGGGAUUUCAGCCCAGUUUUUAAGUGAGAAUUAAUUGAUACAUAUACUUGCUUCAUCUCUCUCUAUGGGGUAAAGUUAGGUCUGUACAUAGAGGGAACAUUCCCUAAAAUGUAUCUUGCACACUGACUAGCAUAGUGUCAGAAGUGUUUAUAUUACAACUAGCAAAGAGCAUUUGAGACAUUUAUUUUUGUUUUUAGCUUUUCACUAAUCACAAUGCUUCUUUCAAUGACAUAGGGCACAUGUUAAUGAAAAGUGAGACCUGACAGUCAGUAUUGCUAUAGCUGUGACAUGCCUCAGUUAAAAAGGAUGUGAUCGUGUCUUAUACCUAUUGCCCCAUAUAACUGAAUGGUUUGCACUAUCACGCUCCAAGGAACUACAUUUGAAUUGUGUUAAAUAUUAAACCAGAAAAAAAAAUAGGUCAUGAGACUAUAAUUAGUAGAUAACAAAUUCCAAAAAGUAUCCUGUAUUUAAAACAGAUAAUGCUUCUAAAUAAGAAAGUCCAUCUGAACCAGAACAAUCUUCCAAGUCCCUUUCUCUGUGUUGAGCCCCAUUCCUUUGCACUCCAUCCAGUGCAAUAUGAAACUUGGAUGCAAGAAACUGCUGCACUCAGAUCAGGAAAAUGAAACUAUUGCUGCAUAGUGUUUUUUUCAAGUCUUUCUUUUAUGAGGAAUGUAUUCAAACUGCUGGUGCAGUUACUUAAGUACUUGUACAGUAAAUAGCUGCAGUUGGUACAGCUUUCCGAAGAGGCUACUGGACACACAGUGAAGCAGAUUUUUGUCUCUCUCCCAUGCAGCUGAGAUCAGACUUGGUCCUUUAAUAGGCUGGUCCAGACAUUCUAAUUAUUAUCGACGCUACAGUGAUUUCCUCUGCAAAAAUAUAACACUUUUCUUAGAGAAGGACACACAAGAGAGAGGCUUUCAUGAGGUGCAUAAAGUACUUCGUUAAACAGUCCAUAACCACCACUGAGUUUUUUUUGUUGGUGGUUUUUUUUCUUGUCAGUGCAAAAUGCGUUAAUACUGCCUUGCAAAAAUAUGCUGUUUGCACUAAAUCAUUUCAAUUAAUCUUUAGUAAAUUACCCACUACUUUGUAAUUAUAAUAUUUGCAGCUAAUUUAGUGCCAUUCUAGAAUAUCACUUGUUGUAUAAUAUAAGCAAUUAACAUUUAUUCAUUCUUUCUGUUGCAGAGAGAGACAUAAAUUAUUUUCAGUGGCCUUUCUGUACACCUAAUUAGCACCUGUUUGAAUUAUUCUACAGGCUAUGGACAUUUCGUUCGGAAAAUAAAUGCAUUGCUAGUUUCAUGAACUACGUGCAAAUAUGCAGUUAUAAAAACUCAUAUGAAUAGAAGAACAUGUUUUCAUAUGUCUUCUUUGUGCAUGAGGUAGGCUAGGCUUUUAGGCCUAGAAUUACACAUAGAAUAGGUGCUGACAUUUAAAAUGCAUUUAAAAUGGAAAUAGUCAGAUGCCUCUCUCCCAUCAUUCAGUACACUAUCUCAGAUUUAUGUUGUUCUGUAACAAAAAGGAAAGCAAGGGGAUAUUGAGAAAAUAGCUCCCAGUGUCACUCCCAGACUUCAGUAUAUGGUUAUAGAGCUAGGAAAUUGUAUUUAUUAGAGACUAUCCAAAGCAUUGCUGUGCUGGACUGUCAAGGAUACUGUGUUAAAGUGGUGGAAAUUAAAGUGGAUUGCUUCAAUAAUUCUAAGUAGGCUUCAAGGUAAAGAUUCAUUUUCUGUUUAAGUUCAUAGUAUAUUGAGUAAGAUCAUUUUAUCUUUUAGAAACUGAGAUCUGAAACAAACUUUCUAUCAAGAAUGUCAGUAUGAAAUACUGGUCAUGUAUGAAAUUAGAAAAUUAGGAAACUGAAAAGGUUUGAGAUUUCUCCAUGGGUAUGAAAUGUUGCAGCGGAUGCCAUGAGUCUUCUUGCAUUUUCCCUUUCCAGGGGCAUGGCAGGUGCCUUUUCAAGAGAAGCAGCUAGUACGAUCUGGGGAUACAAGUAGAUGUUUGUACUAUAAUUUUUAGGGAAGAAAGUCUUUCCUAGAGAUUUGUUGAUAUUUUAUUUUAUGCAAAACAUCCAUAAUUGGAAGGAAACCAAAACAGGAUAUUGGGUUCCACGGUGACAUAGAUUCUCCUAUUUGGAGUUGUUCUAGGUGCAUGCAGUGUUAAUAAUCUGUCUGGUUGCUGUGAAAGAGAAUUCCCUUUUGCUUUUGUGUUUGUGGAAAGUACAGCGUAUGGCUUAAAAUCAUGCACAGCCAAAAGCUUUUUACAAGUCCACAAAGCAGUGAAGAAAAUAGGAGGAUAUUUGGUGGCAAUGUACUUAAAAAUGAGAAAAUGAAUUUAAGUGGAAUAUUUGAGUUUCCACAUUAGGGAUGAACAAUGUAGUUAAAACCCUAGGGUAGGGUAGGGUAAUGUUGCAGCAUUAAGACAUAAUAUCUUUAUUAUAUGGGGCAAUGUUGGAAUAAAAACAGAAUCCAGUAUGCGAAAUCUUGCAUCAUACCACUACUUAUUGUCUGUACUGUACUUUAGUAUCAGAACUAAUAUAGCAUGAAGGGGUAGAAAUUACUGUAAAAAAAUUCUACUGGGGUAGAAAUUACUGUAAAAACAUGCUUUACCAUUUAGAUACUUAAAGAAUUAGUUUGUGGUCUCCUAGUCUUGUUUAGUUCAUUUUAUUUUACCAGAAUUAAUGGGCUGCUUACAUUUGUAUUUUACAUUAGUUGCAUCCUGGGUAUUUUAAAUAAAUUGUUUUUGCCCUGAGCUGUA